CUCCGUAGGGGGCGUUCAGUUUCACAUUCAGGAGAAACCCACCAAAAUCCUCCUCCAACUUCAGUACAGGAGCGGGUCCGGCUUUAGACAGAGCUCGGGGCGGUGCAUGGGGCUGUGAAGUUGCGGGGCAGGGCGCGAGCGGACGGACAGGCUCUAAGGAAAAGCUGCUAAACUGGCUCGACGCCUCAGCACCCGGAAGAGAGAGCGGCGCGCGGAGGGAUGGAAACACCUCUUCAGUUUUGUUCUCCGGGCGCGAGAUUAAACCCAUAAUCUCCCUUAUCUGCUGUUUAUUCACACUGUUACAGAGCAGGAUGGCCGCCUCCGCUAUCUUCAUCCUGGACCUGAAGGGCAAGGUGCUCAUAUGUCGAAAUUACAUGGGCAGCGUUGACAUGAGCGAGAUUGACCACUUCAUGCCAAUCAUGAUGAAGAGGGAAGAAGAAGCCGAACUAUCACCUGUGGUGACCCGUGGCUCCACCCACUUUUUAUACAUUAAACACAGCAACCUUUAUUUGGUAGCAAUUACCAAGAAGAAUACAAAUGCUGCCCUUGUGUAUUCUUUCCUGUACAAGUUAGUGGAUGUCUUCACUGAAUACUUUAAGUCUUUGGAGGAGGAGAGCAUACGAGACAACUUUGUGACUGUGUACGAGUUAAUGGAUGAGGUCAUGGACUUCGGUUUGCCUCAGACAACGGACAGCAAGAUCUUACUGGAGUAUAUUACCCAGCAAGGGCAUAAAUUGGAGGUUGGAGCACCACGUCCCCCAGCAACGGUUACCAACGCCGUGUCUUGGAGGUCAGAGGGAAUAAAGUACAGAAAGAAUGAAGUGUUUAUGGACGUCAUUGAAUCUGUCAAUUUACUGGUCAGUGCUACAGGCAGCGUCCUACGCAGUGAGAUUCUGGGUUGCAUCAAACUGAAAGUCGUUCUCUCCGGCAUGCCUGAGCUGAGGCUGGGACUCAAUGACAAAGUGCUGUUUGAGAUUACUGGCAGAGAGAAGAGUAAGUCGGUGGAGUUAGAGGACGUUAAGUUUCAUCAGUGUGUGCGUCUCUCUCGCUUUGAAAACGACCGGACCAUCUCCUUUAUUCCCCCUGAUGGAGAGAGUGAACUCAUGUCCUAUCGCCUUAACACCACGGUGAAGCCCCUUAUAUGGAUUGAAAGCGUGAUUGAGAAGUUUUCCCACAGCCGAGUAGAAAUCAAAGUUAAGGCCCGGAGUCAGUUUAAGAGUCGCUCCACAGCCAAUAACGUGUCCAUUCUGGUGCCUGUGCCCAGUGACGCUGACUCUCCCAGAUUUAAGACCAGCACAGGCAAUGCCAAGUGGGUACCUGAGAAGAGCGCUGUGGAAUGGGUCAUCAAAUCCUUCCCAGGAGGGAAAGAGUACAUGAUGAGAGCUCACUUUGGGCUGCCAAGUGUGGAGAGCGACGAAAAAGAAGCCAAGAGGCCGAUUACAGUGAAGUUUGAGAUCCCUUAUUUCACUGUGUCUGGCAUUCAGGUCCGAUACCUAAAAAUCAUUGAGAAGAGUGGCUACCAGGCUUUACCAUGGGUGCGGUACAUUACACAGAGUGGAGAUUAUCAGCUGAGGACAAACUGAAGGAAUUUGUUCAGAGUGAUGGCUGUCUGUCCAGACUGUCCUGGCCUUCUGUUCUCAUCAGAGAGUGAGAGAGGGAGGAACAGAGAGAGAGAAAGAGAGAGGGAGUUCUGUGAUGUUCUCAAACAUAUGUAUCUGGUCUCUCUUUCUUUCUGUGUGUGAAAGAGAGCAAGAGAGAGGAAAAGAGAAAAAUAGAGGAAGUGAACAAAGCAAUAACAAGGUGUCACAGUGUAUUACUGUAGAAACACUGAUUUUGAUUGUUGGGUGGGUGUUCUUUUCUAUUGCACUGAUUAUAUAUAUAUAUAUGUGCUCUGUUACUUGUUUAUGGAAUUUCUUAACUGUUUUUUUAUGUAUUUAACGAUUGUGUAUGGAUGUGUAUAUGGAUAUGUACGUCCAUAAUUGUAAGGAAUGAACUUCUUUUAUCGUUUGUUAUCUGUCAUGAAAUCUGAAGUGGCAGUUUUUAUUAUUUUGUUUUUGUAGAACUUUAAGGCGGAACCUGGCUGACUGAUGGAGUGAAUACCUGCGGCACAAAAUCAAUGAUUAAUAAGGUUGUACACUGUCGGGUAGCGGUGUAACACUAUAGUUCCACUUCUGCAGUCCUGUGGCCUUGUCUCUUGUGUUUGCAUUUGCAAAUGCGAAAUUCUAAACACUGACUCACACACAUUCACAAGGAUAUACAUAUACCAGGAAAUAGAGAAGCAAGAGUGAGAAAAAAGCUGAUUUAACAGUUUUUGUAAGAAUGGGAUUUUAUAAUAAAUUAUUCUAAGAAAACUUGUGUUAAGGAGCUAAAUACAAACUACCGCACUAUAAGGCGCACUAUCAAAGAGUGUCUAUUUUCUGGUCUAUUUCCGGAUUAUAAGGCGCAGUAUAAAAGAACAACUGUUUUCUGGUCUAUUUCCAAAUUAUAAGGCUCACUAUCAAAGAAUGUCUAUUUUCUGGUCUAUUUCCAGAUUAUAAGGCGCAUUAUCAAAGAAUGUCUGUUUUCUGGUCUAUUUUUGGUGGUAAGUUAAGUAAAUCUAAGCUAAGCUAAGUGAACAAAACUUUAAUAAUAAAAAAAAGCUUUCUUUUAAAGGAAAAUGUUUAUCUGUGUGAGUAAAGUGCUUUCAUUUACUUACAGUAAUCUUAGAUUCCCAAAUUUCUCCAGCACUAAGGCUGAUGCAUUAGCAUUAGCGGCUAAUGCUGCCCAACAGUGCUACACUGAGGAACCCUGAGUGUUCCGGUAAGCCAGGGCAAUAUUAGCUAGAAGUUCAUCCCACGUAGCUUGUUUUAACACGGUAAAUGCGCAGGCUACACAGUCAUAUAUACUCACCUUUGAAUGGCAAAAGAGCUAGCGAUUAGCAGCUAAUGCUAAUGCUGCUUUAGCAGUGCUAGCCAGGGUUAGCAGCAGGCUACAGGCCAAUAAUUCUCACCUUUGAACGGCAGAAGAGCUAGCGCUUAGCGCUAUGCUUCAGCGGAGUACUGCUCCUUACAACCUGACUGGUACGAUUUUUGGUAAAAUUAAAGGAUUUAAAGUGUGCCUUAUAGUGCAGAAAAUGCAGUGUAUACUCCUGCCACAUGACUCUGAGAAUGACUGAGAAUAUCUCGGCUGAACAUCAGUAGAAAAGGAUAAGAGCUCAUAUCAUACUGCCAGAUCUGAUCCGUCUCAGAAUCGUAUCGCUAAACAUUAGGACAGAAACCUCCCGUUUUGAGGUUCUACUCUCUCCUAGGAGUUCUAGCAAUAAAUACUUCAUGUAGAGAAACCCCUGCCAUAUUCCAGUGUAUUCAGCAUGCAUUGCUUCACUUGUAUCAGUGAGGCUGGAGGGUGUGGAAUACUGUUUGGCACCUCUGCAGAGGCAGCAGAAUAUAUUAUUUGUUGUAAGUAUGACAGCCUGUCUUUCGUUCACAGUCUCUCACCACAAGCCAACUGUGUGCUAACCUUUAGAUAAUUAUUCCACCCUGUUCCUGACUCUUUUAUAGUUUGUUUGUUUGUUUGCUUGUUUAUUGAUAACAGCAUUCUGCUUCUGCUUGAUACUGUUCAAAGGGUGACUGGAAAGAAAUAAAUGACGUGGGUUUGUUUGUUUUUUCUCUGUUAUUGUUUAUUCUACCUGUUCACUGUUCUUUCUGUUCUAUUUGUCAACUGAUUCAUUGAUUGCUUUGGUUUUGAUCCAGAUCCAAGUAUUGCUUAGUAUUCAGCUCUGUGUAGGAAAUACAACUCUACUGCCAGUGAAUACAUCUCAGAAAUCGUGACUUUACAGAAAAAUAAACAAAUGUUCUUCUCA